GUUCAGUACAUUAUCAGACAACAUUCUAGUAGGAUCAGCAUGAAAAUUAUGGGACUCCUGUUUCAAUCACGAGUGCUGGUCAUCGUUCAAUUGUUCACCUUGUGUCUGUCUCACAAGCGUGUAUCACUCGUCUGGUUCUCUCCAUAUUCGCAAGAGACAAACGGCACGCCGUGUCGGAUGUGCAGUGUAUCAAAACGACUCAUGCCCAUUACCACCUCCCGAGCCAUUUGGGAUUCGCGAUAUAUGAAUCUCCGGUCAUUGGAUGCUAUUCCCUCUUCCGUUCUGAUCCAGCCACGUAUAUGGUGCGACUUGCACUUUCAAAAAAGAAACUCCUAGCUUUUUUUUAGAAGUGAGUCCACUCAAACUUAAAAAAUCGAAAGCUCUUGCCAUCACACAGUACGUCGAGCACAAAAAGCGUGUAUCCACUCUCGGAGUUCAUGAAAGAACAGGC